AUGGCUAUAUAUUAUGUUACCAACUUGAAAGGUAAAUUAUCACAUUAUGAUAUAUCAAAGAAUGAAGAUGAAAUCUUAAAUGUAUUAAAAAAUGCUGAUUUAUUUGAAGAGAAAGAUUUAGGUAACAAUUUUGAAAAUUAUUUAAUAGAAUCUUCUGAUUCUUUCAAUAAUAAUGAAAUGAAAAAUCAGCUUAUAUUAAAAAAUAUUUUAAGUUUUGAUACAUUAAAAAUUACAAAAGAUCUUGAUAAAAUUAUUACUAAUUCUAGUAUAGAUAUUAUAAGUGAUAAUUUAGUUCAAGAAAAGGAAUUCAAGGAUAUAAUAUAG